UGUGCGAGCGGCCAUUGAAGGGGAAGGAGCUGCGUGUUCCGCGAGAGGAGGGCGCAGGGACCCGGGCGGCGGCCGGAGAGGCGGCGGCGCUCGCGGGGAGUGCCCAAGCCGCCCUUGCUCGCCUCCCGGGAGAGGGGCUCGCUCGCUCGCUCGCGCGCUCGCUCGCCCUCCCCUUUCGGGCGCCCGCCGCCGUAGUUCGGCGCCCCUCCCUCGCUCUCUCCACUUUGGAGAGAGGCUUUCCCGGCUGGGCGGCACAGGGGGCGAUGGAGAUGAAGAAGCGCAUCAACCUGGAGUUGCGGAACCGGGCGCCCGAGAAGGUGGCGGAGCUGGUGCUUGACAACUGCCGAUCUAGCAAAGGCGAAAUCGAAGGUCUCAAUGACACAUUCAAAGAACUAGAGUUUCUCAGCAUGGCCAACGUAGAGUUGACGUCGCUGGCCAAGCUCCCCACUCUGAGCAAGCUUCGAAAGCUGGAACUGAGCGACAACCUCAUUUCAGGAGGCCUGGAGGUCCUGGCAGAGAGAUGCCCGAAUCUCACAUAUCUAAAUCUGAGUGGUAACAAAAUCAAAGACCUCAGCACUGUGGAAGCCCUUCAAAAUCUCAAGAACUUGAAGAGCCUUGAUUUGUUUAACUGUGAGAUCACAAAUCUAGAAGAUUACAGAGAAAGUGUGUUUGAGCUGCUUCAGCAGAUUACGUAUCUAGAUGGGUUUGAUCAAGAUGACAAUGAAGCCCCUGAUUCGGAGGAUGAGGAGGAUGAAGAUGCAGAUGAAGAUGAAGAUGAAGAAGAUGAGGACAAAGCUGGUCCCCCAGGAGAAUACGAAGAGAAUGAUGAGGAAGAUGACGACGGCUCAGACUUGGGGGAAGGGGAAGGUGAAGAGGAGGAGGAGGAGGAAGUGGGCCUUUCCUAUUUGAUGAAGGAGGAAAUUCAGGAUGAAGAAGAUGAUGAUGAUUAUGUAGAAGAGAGAGAAAAUGAGGAAGAGGAAGCUGAAGGCAUCCGUGGGGAGAAGAGAAAACGCAGCGCUGAAGACGAAGGAGACGAGGACGAUGAUUAAGUUGUAGGAAGCGGAAAUAGGACCAGAUUUGUUUUUCUUGCAGGAUACACAAUAGAGAGAUUCAGACGUGUAAGUCUCCAUGUAUCAUAGGUAUCCCUACAGAAGAUAUUAAUGUGUUAACUUUUUAUAGGAAGUGUGUUUUUACUAUUUUUGCCCUUUUUAUCAUUCCGACUAAGACACCGUAGCCCAUUAUGGAUCAUGUGCAUAGAGCCAUUUUCACCCCCCCUUAACCAUCAAACCAAUUGGUUUCCUCUCCCCCACCAUCUCCCCCUGGAACCUUUUCUCCCCUGCACCCCCAGGUCUUUGUUCCACCUACUGGGUUUUCAUGUGAGCUGCCUAUUUCUAGCCUCAGAGAAACAGAACAGAUUAUACAAGUUUUAAUUCAGGCUCUGAGGACAGUACACUAAAGUCAAAUAUAUUGCAGUGGAAUAACCAACUUUUCAUUAGAGAGAUCAAUAUUGGAGGCGAAAUCGGGGCUAUUUGAAAUUAAGACCUUGCAUAAUACCUCUAUUGGCUUAUUUUUAAAGGACGAUUGAGGAAUGGAUAAAGCAGGCUGCAUCUUCGAUUUGCGAUCAUUCAGACUGCCCCCUCCUUCAUCCUCCCUAAGUACGUUUGCAUCUCUGUAGAAAAGAUUUUGUAAGGAGCCCUUUCUGUUUGACUCUAGCUUUUUCCAAAAGCUUGAGGACAAAAAUACCCCCUAGAAAGAUACCAUAGGAAAACCACAUUAAGAUUAAUCCUGUGUUCCUUUCCUGACCAUUCUAUUCCUCCAGGGCAAAUAGGACCCAUAUUUCUGAUGCAACUUUCGGAUUUUUAAGUCCUGAAAAGUUCAGUCUUUUAUUAAUACUCGUAACUGCAUACAGGAAAGGAUCUGUGUCAUCAUCUUCUAAACCAUCAGUUGACAAUUGUGCUAGUGAGGGGCGAAGGGGCGAGUUGCUUACCUUUGUGGAGAGGGAAACAAGCAAAUAGCCAGAACUUGAAUCUGAGGCUGUUUCCCUGCUCUGCACCAUUGAUGAAGGGCUGCUUGGCUGAGACUGAAAAGGACUGUGGGAAAUGGUAAUGGAACUUGCAGGAAAAAGGUAGAAGAUUUAUACGUACAACCGCAAUUGACUGCAUGUUCGCUUUCGCUGAUAGGUCUUCAUUUGUUUACCUCGAAGUACAGGUCCUGUUGCAAACCGUGUAGGGAAAUUUUGGUCUGAAUUCUGAAAAGCUUCAGAAGUGUGUUUGCUGCUACGCCUCCAGCACGGCGAGAGGAGUGCUUUGCUGGGGGGGGUGGCAUUUCCAAAUCGAUCACGGAUCAUGUUUUUCUUUACGUGAGUUGCUUUUAAAAGGCCAAUAGAAAACUGGACAUACCAUGCCCCUUUGGUUCUCAUUUAUGACUGCUUGUACUGUUAAAUAAAUAUUUUACCCAAAUAAUACACAACUGUAUUCAAGAGAGACUAUUUUUUUAUCUGUCCUGCCUAGGAGAAGCUGUCAUUAAUUUGAGUUAGGAUAAACGGGGUAUUUUUGCAUAGAUGGAAUUAACCCCCAAAAUAGUUGCCUGUGAAAAUAAUACAUUACACGCAUCACUCUUAGUGUGCAGCAUCGACCUCUUAAUUUAGGUUUGAUGGCAUUGCAUUCGAGCAAAACCUAGUAAAUUUUUCUCCUGAAUGAUUGAAUGGUAUAGCACAAUUAAUUUUAGGGAAAGUGGAAUGCAGAAGGCAAUUUAGUAGAAAUUUUGGAUAUUUUUAAAUAUCUAAAGCUUUAUCCCAAACCUGUUACUACAUUUCUGUAUGAAUAAUGAAUUUUAAAAAUGUAAAAAGCAUACACUGUGUUUCCCGGAGGUUCUGUGUUUAAUGCAGUUGCUUUGUGUUAAUCCUGGUUUUUCAAGGUGUGUCUUUCUUCCAUAUUUUGUUUUCUAAGGUUUGAUUCUAUUUAGUUUCAGCAAAGUCUAAAAUUUCUCCAUUACCAAAAAAGAAAGAAAAAAAUUCAAACACUUUGGUUAGCAUAUAAUUCAUCUCUAACAUGUGCUCCAAUGUGUACCAUGCGUGCCAGAGGAAGGAAUACAUUUCUGCACAUACAGGAACUUGAUCUGACUCUGCUGUUGAAAUGAGUGAGCAAGAGCCAUGUCUAAGGAUGUAGUAAAGAACAACAGGGAGUUUCAACUAUUAGGUGGUUAGAUCUAGAUGAAAUAAAACCCUGUGUCAGUGAAGGAGUGGCCGCAUUUUUGCCAGGAUCUAAUUCAGUGAAUGAUGACUUUGACUGUCUGCAUUAGACAUUCUAAAGACCAAGUGGUUUUAGUCGAGUAAAAAAGCAAACUCACAUGUAAUGCAUAUUUAAACAAUUUUACAACUUCUCCAAAUAUCUUUAUGAUAGUAAAGGUAACACAACCAGCUAAACACAUUGCCACAGUUUUAAGUUGUCAGCUUGGUGUUGCAAACUAAUAGGUUUUUUUUCCUUAAGAUUAAAAAGAAUUAACACAGAGCCUCUAGAUAACUUUUAAUUUUUUUGUUUUGGCUUGGUGGGUUCUUUAAUGAAAAUAUGUAAGGGUGGGUUUUAUAUUUUGUAGAGAUUUUGACCUACUUGAAUGCUCUUUAUAUUGUAGUAUGUAUAUAGUGUGUUCAAUUCCUUUUCAAAUUCUAAAAAUAACAUGGAACGUUGAGGUAUUUUUCUUUGUGCAACUGUGUUUUGAAAAAGCCAUGGCAGUGUUAAAUAAAAACAAAUUCCUACCGCACACUUCUGAUGAAUUUUAGUUGUAACAGAAUGUGAGUGUUUUUCCCCGUGUGAUGUAAAUUUUAAAUUAAAGAUUUUCAUUCUGAGCA